CGCCGGCUGAGCUGGGUCUCGCUGUGCUGGGUGCUCGGCGGUGUCGGUGAACGAGGCCUGGUGAACGCCGCCGAAGCGGGAGCUGGGUCUUCGAGGUUGUGUGCGGGAGACGCACGGCAGGCGAGCGAGCGAGCCAGAGGCUCACCCCAGCAGUGGCACCGGGAUCGGCUGCCUUGAGCUUGAAGUCAUGACUACCCCAGGAAAAGAGAACUUUCGCCUGAAAAGUUACAAAAAUAAGUCCCUGAAUCCUGAUGAGAUGCGCAGAAGGAGGGAGGAAGAAGGACUGCAGUUACGUAAGCAGAAAAGAGAAGAGCAGUUAUUCAAGCGAAGAAAUGUUGCUACAGCAGAAGAAGAAACAGAAGAAGAAGUUAUGUCAGAUGGAGGCUUCCAUGAGGCUCAGAUUAAUAACAUGGAGAUGGCACCAGGUGGUGUUAUUACUUCUGACAUGAUUGAAAUGAUAUUUUCUAAUAGCCCAGAGCAACAGCUUUCAGCAACGCAGAAAUUCAGAAAACUGCUUUCAAAAGAACCUAAUCCUCCUAUUGAUGAAGUCAUCAGCACACCAGGAGUAGUGGCCAGGUUUGUGGAGUUCCUCAAACGAAAAGAGAAUUGUACAUUGCAGUUUGAGUCAGCUUGGGUGCUGACAAAUAUUGCUUCAGGAAAUUCUCUUCAGACCCGGAUUGUGAUUCAGGCAGGAGCUGUGCCUAUCUUCAUAGAGUUGCUCAGCUCAGAGUUUGAAGAUGUCCAGGAGCAGGCAGUCUGGGCUCUUGGCAACAUUGCUGGAGACAGUACCAUGUGCAGGGACUAUGUUUUAGACUGCAAUAUUCUUCCCCCUCUGCUGCAGUUAUUUUCAAAGCAAAACCGCCUGACCAUGACCCGGAAUGCAGUAUGGGCUUUGUCUAAUCUCUGUAGAGGGAAAAGUCCCCCUCCAGAAUUUGCAAAGGUUUCCCCCUGUCUGAAUGUGCUUUCCUGGUUGCUGUUUGUCAGUGACACUGAUGUACUGGCUGAUGCCUGCUGGGCCCUCUCAUAUCUAUCAGAUGGACCCAAUGAUAAAAUUCAAGCAGUCAUUGAUGCAGGAGUAUGUAGGAGACUUGUGGAGCUGCUGAUGCAUAAUGAUUAUAAAGUGGUUUCUCCUGCUUUGCGAGCUGUGGGGAACAUUGUCACAGGCGAUGAUAUUCAGACACAGGUAAUUUUGAAUUGCUCAGCUCUGCAGAGUUUAUUGCAUUUGCUGAGUAGCCCAAAGGAGUCUAUCAAAAAGGAAGCAUGUUGGACAAUAUCUAACAUCACAGCUGGAAAUAGGGCACAGAUCCAGACUGUGAUAGAUGCCAACAUUUUCCCAGCCCUCAUUAGUAUAUUACAAACUGCUGAGUUUCGGACAAGGAAAGAAGCAGCUUGGGCCAUCACAAAUGCAACUUCUGGAGGAUCAGCUGAACAGAUCAAGUACCUCGUAGAACUGGGCUGUAUCAAGCCACUCUGUGAUCUCCUCACAGUCAUGGACUCUAAGAUUGUACAGGUUGCCCUAAAUGGCUUGGAAAAUAUCCUGAGGCUUGGAGAACAAGAAGCCAAAAGGAAUGGCACUGGCAUUAAUCCUUACUGUGCUUUGAUUGAAGAAGCUUAUGGUCUGGAUAAAAUUGAAUUCUUACAGAGUCAUGAAAACCAAGAGAUCUACCAGAAGGCCUUUGAUCUUAUUGAGCAUUACUUUGGGACCGAGGAUGAAGACAGCAGCAUUGCACCCCAGGUUGACCUUAGCCAGCAGCAGUACAUCUUCCAGCAGUGUGAGGCGCCUAUGGAAGGUUUCCAGCUUUGAAGCAAUACUCUGCUUUCAUGUCCCCGUGUCAGACCAGGCUACCCAAUCAAGUCCUCUUGUGGAGCCCACAGUCCUCAUGGAGCUAACUUCUCAAAUGUUUUCCAUAAUACUGUUUGCGCUCAUUUGCUUGCCUUGCGCACCUGCUCUCUUACACACAUCUGGAAAACCUCUGGCUCUCUGUGGUGGAAUACCCUUCUAAUAAAAGGGUAACCAGAACGGCCCGCUCUCUUAUGGAAAACCCUAGGCUUUGGAGAUCCGCACUUAUAUAUUAUAGAGUCAUGGGAAUAUACACAUAAUAAUGUGGCUCCCUUUUUUUUUUUUCUGGGGGAAAAAAAGAGGACUCCUCAUUCCCUUUAAUGUGGGAAAAAAUACAUUAAAAGAUGAGACUAAACCUUUAUCUUGAAUUUCACACAACUACUUGCAACAAGGGAGAUGUUUAGACCUGUUGUGUACUUCAGAGUACUUUUCAUGAGUUCUUCCACAGUGAACCCUUGGAUUACCUGGUGGCUUUUUCUAGCCAAAUUUGCAUUAAUCCUUACUGAGAUUGGAUGGUUUUCUUUCCUCUGUUGGCGCCAUUCUCCACAGAUAUUCAACCAUCCGCUCCCUCACCUUCAGCCUUCAGUGAAUGUGCUUUCUAGUUGUCAGGAAUGCUGAAGAAUUAACACUUUGACUCUUAAAUGUGAUACUGGUUUGAAGAUUCCCUUAGAGCAAAAAGGAGAGGGGCACAUAUUAAUUUGUAUGGCUAUUGCUUCUCUUUGGUCUUAUGUGUCUUAGGAUUUGGAAGUGGUUCAAUUCUAAUGCUGGUAUGAAGAUUUAGAAUCCUUAGUGAUCGAAACCGUAUCCUGUAAUUCAAUAAACAA